AUGAGGGGCAGAGCAAGAAUAGAAAUCGAACAUCAUGAUGAGAAUUCUUUUCACACGACCUACCGGGUCGAGAGAUACAUGGAAUAUGCCAAAGAAGUAGAAAGACAACUGCAAAGGCAUAUGCAGGAGAAGGACAUACCCUGGGAAUUGAAAACAAACCCAGGGCCACCAAAGGGCUGCUCGCCUUUCUGGAACUGCAAGGGUUGGUUCACCACCACCAAAGGUGAGAAGGUGCGCUAUCCUCGCUUGGGUUCCUUUGAGGUCUUUGUAGUGGUGCAACCCGGCUUUGCGCCAAAGAUCUCUGGGCUCCCAGAUGUCCUCCAGGUCUGGUCCAAGUUGCAGUCACGGAAAUGGCCAGGUCCGGAGCGAUUGGCAUCGUCAGUGGCUGAACUCCUCUCUGCCGCAGUGAAUGGACAGGAGGUGGGCGAGGAGAUUCGUGAGAUCAAGGAACGCGUGUCUCAAGGUCCCAAGGUGCAGCCACCAUUGACCUCCAUCCAUCCGCCCAUGUUCUUUGGUUUGACGCCCCGUGGUGGCAUCACCACCCCAGUAAAAGUCCGUGUCGCCGGAGAUCGCCCCCGUGGUGGCAUCACCACCCCAGUAAAAGUCCGUGUCGCCGGAGAUCGCAGCCGCAGCAUCUUAAAAAAUGUCGAGAAGAAGAACAGGUUGGGCCGGACGGAGCUCCACAAUGCCGUCUGCCGGGGUGACGAAACGUGCGUCCAGCAGCUGCUGCAAAAUCGCGCAGCUGUCGAUGCCAAGGACGGAAGCGGCCGGACGCCACUUCACUUGGCCAGCGAUGCUGCCAGUGAGGUCGGAGUCAAACUCAUUGAGCUGCUGCUGGAGGCCAGGGCCACGACUGAUGCCACAGACCUCAGCGGUCUCACUCCCUUGAAUUUGGCGUGCGACUCCAAAUACACGGAAGCGGUGGCAGUUCUGCAGAGUGCUGAGGGCUCAUCACGAGUUCCAGAAGAGCUAGCCGAGGAUUACGGCGGGACAGAGGUUCCCUGCGCAGGGAGGCAGACCCCUGCAGUCGAUGACUAUGGCGAAGAUGAGUUUGAGGAUGAGGAGCCAGUGGCUGUUCCAGCUGCUGUUCCGGCAAAGGUGCCAGGACCAGCUGCGGGGCAUGCGCCUAUGCCAGCACAGCUAGCUGCGCCUUCAGCGGCUUCCGUGUCGCAGCCAAAGGAAUUGCCGCAAGCUGCAGCUCCAGCGACUCAGGCUCAGGACAUUGCCAGCGACUACGGCGAAGACUUCGAAUCUGAGGCGGCACCUGCGCUGCCUGAAUCCCGGCCAGCUUCAGCGGCGCCAAAGGACCCUUCGCCGGGGCCGCCACCGGAGCCCGAGAAGCCGCCGGGCAGGUGGUCCAUGGACUUCACGUACACCAUCGGCCCAGAAGGCAGCGAAGGGAUCUUUGAUGGAAAGGUGCAGCUGUUGGAUCGACAUGUGUACAACUCCGUGAGUGCCGCCGUCAACAACUUGAACGAUGGCCUUAUUGUGGUUCCCGAAGGGUACUGCGUGGUGUUCUCCGGUUCCCAACAAAAUUACUACCUACUUUGGCGAGAAGACAAGGAAGCCGAAGUCUUUUCUUUGCUGGGUUCGAGCGAUCAGUCAGCAGAGCCAUUGACGCCAACACGAUACCAAUCAGACAAGGCAUGUGGGGUGGCAAGGGCUGCGGAGGAUGCGGCAAGGGCUAUGACAGCGGCUAUGACAGCAGUUCUUGGGGCGGCAAAGGCAUCACAGGAUUCGGCGGUGGCAAAGGCUACGACGAAGGGAGAGCCACCUGCGCUGCCUGCGGCGUCCCGGCCAGCUCCAGCGCAGCCAGCGAAGCCGGCGCCCAAGGAGCCACCUGCGCUGCCUCCGCCGUCCCGGCCAGCUCGAGAUCCAGCGCAGCCAGCGAAGCCGGCGCCCAAGGAUCAGUUGAACACACAGCGCGCAGAGCUCUCGGACUACUUCGCCAAGAGGUACUUGGCCGGCGAGCUCUACGAUGGUAGCUGCUACUCCAACAGCUAUGUAGGGGAACUCGGGACCUACAAAUACAAAGCUUCAGAUGGAGACGUGAUGGUUUGGCGCCACGCCUUCGACCUACGGGCCUUCGGGGAGCAAGGCGAAGAAGUGCUCACGCUGUACCAUUACACCGAUGAUCUGGCCUUCCGCAACGUCGGAAACUUGGAGCAGACGGCCGCGCAGCUCUUCGCAUCGCUGAAAGACGAGCGCGCGCACUUCGGCAAGGGCCUGUAUGCCACGCAGCACGAGCCUGCCGUUUGGGCCUCACGUCUUCGGAUCCUGCUGAACAACUACUCGAACGGAGACCCCUUCAGCCCGACCCCAGAAGAGGCUCAAAAAAGGGAUGCGGAGUGGGGCAACGGCAGAAAGUCUGGCCAUCGAGCGGCAUUUUGUAUUCCUCUGAUUGUCCCGCGCUCCAUUGCCUACCACAUCUUCGAAAGACACACGCCAGACAUGGCAGAGAAGACGGUGAAAGAUUCAGCUGGCCAGGAGCGCCCCAUCAAACUAGGGGAAGAUUACCUGGGCCAACCGACACACCGAAACCGGGACGUGUGGGUCAUCAGAGUGGAGACAGAUGGGAAUGUGCAGGAUGCAGCGGCCAAUGCUGAUGCCGUCCUGGACCUUCUGCAGCUUCGGCUGCGGAAGCUCCGCGCCAGCGCGGGCGAGGACGUGUUGAUGGCAGACUGCAUGUUCGAGCUGGCGCGGAGGCUGCACGGCCGCGCCCGGUAUGGAGAAGCGGAAGAGCUGUACAGAGAGUGCCUGCGAAUCUGUCAGGCCAAACUGGGCGAAGACCACCCAGACACUUUGACCUGCCGCAACAAUUUGGCUCGGCUCCUCCAAGCCCAGGGGCACUUGGUGGAGGCCGAGCCUCUUUACCGCGAGGCUCUAGAGAAGUGUCAGGCCACACUGGGCGAAGACCACCCGCAGACUUUGACCUACCUUAACAAUUUGGCUCUGCUCCUCAAGGCCCAGGGGCAUUUGGCGAAGCCCGAGCCUCUUUUCCGAAAGGCUCUAGAGAAAAGUCAGGCCAAACUGGGCGAAGACCACCCGCAGACUUUGACCUACCUUAACAAUUUGGCUCUGCUCCUCAAGGCCCAGGGGCAUUUGGCGAAGGCCGAGCCUCUUUACCGCGAGGCUCUAGAGAAGAGGCGCCUCAAGCUGGGGAACCAACACCCGCAUACCAUGGGGAGCAUCUACAACUUGGCCGUCCUGUUGAAGUCCAUGGACAAGUUCGAAGAGGCCGAAGAACUCUUCCGCGAGCACCUCGCGGCCUGGAAGGCCAAACUGGGCGAAGACCACCCAGAUACUUUGAACAGCAUCAACAAUUUGGCGGCGGUUCUCGAUGACCAGGAGGCCGAGCCUCUUUACCGCGAGGCUCUAGAGAAGAGUAAGGCCAAACUGGGUGAGGACCACCCAGAUACUUUGAGAAGCCUCAGCAAUCUCGCGGAGCUCCUCGAAGCCCAGGGGCACCUGGCGGAGGCCGAGCCUCUUUACCGCGAGGCUCUAGAGAAGAGCCCGGCCAAACUGGGCGAAGACCACCCAGAUACUUUGAACAGCAUCAACAAUUUGGCGGCGGUUCUCGAUGACCAGGAGGCCGAGCCUCUUUACCGCGAGGCUCUAGAGAAGAGCCCGGGUAAGGCCAAACUGGGCGAAGACCACCCAGAUACUUUGAACAGCAUCAACAAUUUGGCGGCGGUUCUCGAUGACCAGGAGGCCGAGCCUCUUUACCGCGAGGCUCUAGAGAAGAGCCCGGGGAAGGCCAAACUGGGUGAGGACCACCCAGAUACUUUGAGCAGCCUCAACAAUUUGGCUCUACUCCUCAAAGCCCAGGGGCACCUGGCGGAGGCCGAGCCUCUUUACCGCGAGGCUCUAGAGAAGAGUAAGGCCAAACUGGGCGAAGACCACCCAGAUACUUUGAACAGCAUCAACAAUUUGGCGGCGGUUCUCGAUGACCAGGAGGCCGAGCCUCUUUACCGCGAGGCUCUAGAGAAGAGCCCGGGGAAGGCCAAACUGGGCGAAGACCACCCAGAUACUUUGAACAGCAUCAACAAUUUGGCGGCGGUUCUCGAAGCCCAGGAGGCCGAGCCUCUUUACCGCGAGGCUCUAGAGAAGAGCCCGGGAGCUCAGCUUCAGAGAUUUCAAAGGGACUUUGGGCAGUGGAUCUGGAGGCGCCUCAAGCUGGGGAACCAGCAUCCGGAUACCAUGUGGAGCAUCUACAGCUUGGCCAACCUGUUGAAGUCGAUGAAGAAGUUCGAAGAGGCUGAAGAACUCUUCCGGGAGGAGCUCGCGGCCUGCAACUCUCCCAGCAUGUUGAGCGUGUCUUUUUCGUUGCGUCGGUGUUAUGAUUCCCGGAAGAUGGCCCUCUUGCUGUUUUCUGAGUUUUCUGCAGAUCUGGGCGGGGCUUGCCAAGGUAUAGCAGUUCAUGGAGAACACCUCCAAGAGACCGUCACUUCCAGGAGCGCGGAAAAGUGGAUGAGGCGGCCGAACUGCUCAGUGAAGGCCAACAACUGCGAAAGUGAGAUGGUCAAAGCACUAUCGUUCUGCGACCUGUUGCUUCUGAUGGGGCCUUCAGAGCGGUCUUAG